UAUAGAACCCAGUUUUUCUUCUAUGGCGUCCUUCUCUCUCGGUGACAACAGGCCCGCCGAAAUGUGGCGGACGUUUCUAUUUUCCUCUCAUCUCGUGAUGAUGAUAUUUCUCAACAUUACAUUUUACAAGUGCGAGGAGAACUUCACUUGUCCUGAAGAUUAUUACACGGAAAAAAGUUCUGGCUGUCAGCCGUGUACACAGUGCAGCGAUGGGUCCAUGCCGGUCAAAUCCUGUACAAACCAGUCAGAUACGGUUUGCAGGUCAUGUGACCUUGGAACUUAUUCCAUCGGGGGCUUGAAGUGUCAGAACUGUUCGCAAUGUCCCCAGGAACCUUUGUGUCACGCCACUGUACUUUGACCUCUGACACACAGUGCGAACCGUGUCCGAAAGACAUGUAUUCAUCUGAUUGGUCAGCUGGAUUCUGCAUACCGUGCAGUAGAUGUGGGAAGGCGGUGACGGUAGAGAGAAACUGUAGCAACACCCAUGACUACAAGUGUGGAGAUUGUAUCGAAGGGUACUAUCGCCACCCCAACCUACCCAGCACGUGCAUCAAAUGCUCCUACUGUCACCCCGGCAACCCGAAUGUAACUGUGGUGGUGGACGAGUGUCUUACCAAGAGCAAGGACCCGGAAAUGAGGUGUAUGCCUGUUUUUGGAUGGCAGCGACGGAAACAUACUGGGUCGCUUUCCAAGAACCGUGCAUCUUCAUCUACAUCAUCAACAACAAUGUCCACGGGCCAUUUGAUUUCAUCUGUACCAUUCCUCUAUGAUGAGUCCUACAGCGUUCCUAUACCCCCUAGAGUGGCAACUGCAAUAAUUAUUGUCUGUGUGAUAAUAAUCAUUAUCAUACUUGCGAUAUUACGUGUUCUUCACAAACGGAAACAGUUACCCAAAAAAUCUGAAACAAUAAACUUCCUCCGUCAGAUGUGUCGUUGUAAAGGUUCCGAUUUGAAAAUGAAAAGUGGCAAGGAAAUUCAAUCGCACGAUCUGAAAUCUAAACAGAUCGAAUUUGUCUUCACGAGGGAAUCAGAACCUACUAAAGACCCUGUUCCCAGAAGACAGACCUACGAAGAUGAAGUUCCAAUAGUGUCUUGCAGCCAGUGCCUCAUUCAUUACGGCAUCGGUGGUGGGUCGGAUUCAAAUCAGAUCCUUGUGAUUGGUCAGAAUGACACACGUGAUAAACCACAGUUACAAGAAACAUGCAUAGUUGAGUUAGACGUAGAACGAUUUUCUCCUAGCCCAGUGCAUAUUCUGCCAAAUGAAUCGGAAUCUAACUGUGUUUCCAGCAGUGGAAAUGACCCUCCGGAGUUCAAGUCUUCACCAGAUCAUGAAUGUGGUAAUGAGGACUCGGGUAAUUCCGUAGGAAGAACACCAUUUGCUAACAAUAGCAGGUUUGAAUGUGAAGACGCUUGGGUGACUCAUCCCAGUCCUCCAGUUUCCAUUCCGGAGAUGAAAGAGCAGAACCAGGGAGGAAGUAUCCAGACCCCAGAACCACUUCCAUCUUACAACAGGAUGAUGCUCCUAAAACCUUCAGAUGUUGGAAGUUACGAUUCAGAUGACAGUGGACUUCCUUGUGCCCAGCAAGAUACUGCAGAGUCGGCAAUAUCUGGCUUGAAUGCCGCAGUACCGUCUCGGCUCGUCCAGCGCCUGGAUAGUGGUAUAGCAGAGAUAGGACCAGAUACAGAUCGUCCCGGGAACUCAUCACGUCACCACAGCACGGCUCCCCAGACAGGUGCGUGUCUAGUUCCAGAUGUCCCCAGAAUCCAAGAUCUCCACCAACCCGGGAGUAGUUCCAGGGACGCAAGUACCGAUAGCGAGGGUUCGUCCCAGCGGUCAGCCAUGUCCAGUGACUAUGACUCAGAUGUAGUGGACAAAACUACCUUGCUGGACAGAGGUCAGGCCAGACGUGCUUCUGCAGGACGUCGAUCAGGGCGGCUGAAGAAAAAACAGAGACGACACUCUAAUCCUGGAAUCCUGGGAUUCCACAUCAGCAGUGGAAAACUGGAGUCGUACUCCAAACUGGACACGUUUACACCUAAGGUUUAACUUACAAAUGCUUCAAUUUAAUUGUCCUUUCUAACAACGUAUGCAUGUAUAAAUCUGUGUUACGUAGAAGUUUAAUUCCAUAUUUCAAUGUACUUCAGUUUAAGUUACACAUGUUUCAAAUUAAUUGUCAUUUCUAACAAGGUUGGAUGUAUAAAUCUGUGUUACUUAGAACUUUAAUUCCAUAUAUCAAUGGACGUUCGUGAUACACAUACCAAACACAUUUGAACCUAACACACUCACUCAUGCGUGUUAAUGAACUAAAACUCUCAAUGAUGGUACAUACAUAUGUUGUUAGCUCUUAAGUAGUCUAAUCACUGUUAUAUUUUUAUAGGCUGUAACACAUUACAUCCACUUAGUCGCUGUUGAUGCUAUGUACUAUGCAACACUUGAAUAAAUACUUUUGAGCACUGUU